AUGGCACAAGAGCGAGCUGGCGUCAGAGUGAAUCAAGAUGAGAGACGACUCAUAUUUGCAGGCUACCGAGCCCACGGAAAUAACUGGGGUAGGGUGGUGGCCCACCUAUUGCAGCAUGCUGAUCCCGAAGGCCCCAUAUAUCAGAUUUACAUGCAACGGAACGCAAGUCAGCAAAGAAGAAGAGUCAGAGAUGUAAUUAACAGAGACAUUGUACGGCUCCAAGACCGAAGACUGAACGACAUGCGAUACGCUGCCAGGGGCAACCCUUUAGAGAGAGCAAUGCGAAACCACCCAGCACCAGCUCCACAGCCCGACCACCCAGCACCAGCUCCACAGCCCGACCACCCAGCACCACCUCUCCAACCAAACCACCCAGCAUCACCUCCACAGCCCGACCACCAAGCUCCACAGCCCCAACAGCCCGACCACCCAGCACCCCAUCCCCAACCAAACCAACCGGAACCUCCUCAGCAACAGCCCGACCACGCAGUACCUCCUCCGCAACCUAACCCCCAAGCACAACUGCCACCACCGCAACGACGAGACAGGAACUAUAUUCCCAUUCCACGCGGCGAGCCUGGAAGGCUGCCUCUUCAUGAAGUUGUGAGAAGGAGCCAUGAGGCGUUCUAUGAGUACGUCACCAACACCCUGCCUGAAUUAUCAAGAGAACUCCGGCAGAGUGUCAGACUGUUUAACCGUUACCUAGAAGACAACUUACACCCCCGUCCUGAAGAGCCAUGA